AUGACUACUCAUUGUUCGUUUUUCCACGAUAGAGAAUUGAGUGAAGCCAUCGGAUACUACACUGAUUUACAAAAGCAAGAAGAGGAUCAACAAACUCUGAAGCAAUAUGUGAAUUUGAAACUGUCUGCCUCAGGUCUUCCAUUGUUUGGAAAGCUUGAUAAAUUGUUGCAAAUUACUGAUCCACUCCUCAAUGCUUACAAGGAACACAAUCGCCUUUUGGAGGAUUAUCAGUGUCCCAUUGAUAGACGUAUUCAGAAUUUUAUUGAUUCCUAUGCCCAAGAGUUGAAAGGAACCAUUGACUUGCAUGAUCUUCGCCUUCCUUCAAAUAGUUUGGAAUUAGAUCGAGUUGGAAUGGCAAGACUGUUGUCACUUCCUGGAGAGGGUGAUUAUUUUGAAAAUGAAAUUAUUUGUAGCUACAGAUUGAAACAAGGGGUGUUGCAUAACCCUGUGAAUGACAGAAGAACCACUCAGGGCUCUUUUCACAUUGCACAAGGAGGUUUGUUAAUUCCUGCCGACAAGAAAGAGGUCCCAAAGCUGACAUGGGCUCUCCUUUUGAAAGCUGCCCUUCAUCCUCCCGAAUCUUACAUGGUUUUACCUUACACAAGUCAGCAAGAAGAGGAAAAAAGAGCCAAAUGUUGGGUCUCUAUCAUGCUUCGUCCACUUGUUAGCCCAGCAGUUCCAGGAGAAUCAGAGGAAAAAACAAUGGAGUGCAGAUUCUUUGCUCCAGGUUCUUUGGUUUCAAAUCUUGAUUUCAUCGAAGCAAUUUUCGGAAAUGCUGGUCACGCUUGGUACACAGCAAACGAUGCCGCCUUGGAUGUUAAGAGAUGGUCAGGGCAUACUGGUUGUGUCAUUUUGGCUCCUCAUUUAACAAAGAUUCCAAAGAAAGAUCUUGGUUUGCCUCACAUUUCUCAAGCUACUGAAAGGCAAAAGAAAGAAGGAAUGUGUUACGAGAAGGACACAGAAUGUUAUAACGAAGGAGAAGCCUUCAAAAUCACUGCAAGAACAAGUGAGGGAGUAAUUGUGACAAUCAUUGCUGACAAUUACUUUGGUUAUUGCAAGAAGGAAGUCAAAUCUCAAAUUACCUAUGCAUGCAAUUUAUUUGGAAAUUGCGAGGAGGAGCAUAGCGGUGGAGCCAUUGCAUUCCCAUCUUACUACUUGGGAGAUACAUUCAGAUUGAAGGAUUUCCACAUUGAUGAACAGUACCGUUUCAAAAUAAUGAUCGAAAGAUGUAAUAAGAGAAUGGAGGUUCACGAAGAUAAGGGUUAUGCCACUGACAAGGUUUAUCCAGACAUUAUUUAUGUGCCAGAGGAUGCAUACUUUACAUUGCAUGGCCAAACCAUAACAUGGUCACAUUAUGAAACAGGAGAGAAGGUUACAAUGAAAUUGAAACCAUUUGUUACCUACAUUUUCCCUUCAGGAUAUCGAGUUGAAAUGAUUCAAGAGAAAUCAGGAUUUGCUCUGAUUGGUACCGUUGGCACAGGCACCUAUUGUCACAAGCCAAGUACUAUCAGUGGUGGUGGUAAAAGUGAAAUUAGCAAAUCUAUUGCCGAUGCCAUCAUUACAGGCCCAGUCAUUGUUGCCAACUUUAUCAAGGAUCUUGAGGAAGUAGAAAAGCUUAUUAACAUGGAUUAUAGUAAGCGAUUUAAAGACCCAUCAACUGUUGACACUCGUCCAGUACUCAGCUCUGAAAGAUCUCUUGGAAGUGUCGUCAAGUUGUUGACACCUAGCGAACUCUUUACUGAUGAAUAUAAUAAUUGGUUGAAUUCAAUUCCAUCAUAUCUGAAACAGCUGCUCUUCGUUAUCAAGAGUUUGUACAAGCCAUCAUGGGAAGGAAAAUGGAAGGAGAAGUUUAGUGUGGACUUGGUCAAUGGCUCUUAUGGUAAUAGCUUAAAGUAUAACAGAGAACCAGUCAUUGGUCAUUAUAUGCGUGUUGGUUUUGAAAACAACUCCUGCAAAGUACCUACCUUCAAGAAAAAGCCAAGAAAGGGACUCUCUGUCAAACUCUCCAAGAAUGUGGAAUUUAGAUUGUUCCAAAGACCGGACGAUUGCAUUGUCAGGGGUUAUGACAAGAAGGCAGAAGCUGACUUGGCCACUCCUAAUACAUUUAUUUGUAACUUUGAACCUUUGACUCAACAAGGCGUUCAGGAAAUUCUUGACGACAAUAUUAAUUUCCUUGCCUUCACUAAACCUCAAAGAACACUCCUUGAAGAGUUCGCAAGAGAAGGAAAGCCAACCUAUUGUGUUGCAUCCUCUAACACAAGAGUAGUUGGACCUAAUCAGCGCUCCAAGAAUCCAAGAUAUUUGCAAAAUAGUGAAGAAUUAACCAAACCAAGAAAGUACUAUUUGGCUGAAGUGUGCACUCGUUUACAUCAAGUGCUUUCUCCUUCGACUCAAGUAGUGUAUCCUGUCGAUGCAGUCAUUUCUGGAAGAAGAAAUAAUCCAGAAAGCAAGGGAUGUCCUCCAUUGUGUGUUCACAAUCCAAUUCACUACUUUGAAUUACCAGAAUUAUUCAUGGAAUACAUUAGCUCAAUGACUGGACGUUCUCCAUCAACCACUGGAUUUGGUUCUGAAGGUGCCUUAACCAAGGGGCCAUUCUGUCCCAUUGUUUCAAUCACAGAACUUAACACUGCUCUCGUCUCCAUGUUGGUGACCGGAUCGGAUGGCUUCUUUUCAAGUGCAGGAACAUUGGGUUCAAAUUAUCGUGUUGAUCAUGACAUUUCACUUCUCAUUCCAGAACUUUGGUGUAGAAUGAGACCAGAGGAACGCGAUCCACAAUAUCUAAUUCAAAAUGAUAUGCUUGAAAAGAUGAAUGAUUUUGAAUAUAAUGGAAAGGUGGUGAAUGCGAGCAGACUUGGCUAUCGUAUUACCAAGAAAUUCGUGAGAGCUUUCUUCGGGCGUGUCUUUACUAAUCCUGGUUCUGUAUUCACAGAUGACAUGCUCCAACCUGAGAAACAAUCAAUGGAAAUUUUCGUUAAAUCUCUUUCAAUUAUUUUAGAUACUUACAGAGAUGUCGCUCGCCAAUACUUUGAGGAUGGUUCUGUUGAAGGAGCUUGUCCACCUUUGAAGGCCGUUCUUCACGUCAUGGCUUAUGGUCAUUACGAAGGAAAGAGCAUUAAUGAUCCUGAAAUUCGUAAAAUGUUUACUCUUGAAUCUUUGUUGGAGAGUAAUUGGUAUAAGGAAAGACUUGCCACAAGACAACAGGUACUUUUGAAACAGCUCCAGAAGAGCAAGGGAUAUCUUUUGAACUUUACCAAGCAACCACACUUCAAGGAUUUAAGAGGAAAUCUUAAGAUUGACGAGAAGCUUGAUUUUGUUGAGAAGGAACUUGCAAGAAUUUCUGACAAUUCUUAUUUGGAAGACAUACUUGGAUGCCUUGGAACUGACCCAUACAUGUACAAGCAAUAA